UCGUAAUCCCCACCGUCUGACAAGGAAAACGAACCUCUUGGCAUCCCAGAGACUGGGAAAAACAAAAAAACAAAUCACAAAAAAAAAAACAACCAAGUGACUGUGAAAGUAACUAACGAAGAUACAGAUUCAGAUAUUCAAUUACUAGUCUCUUGGCGUUGCGUGUGCAGUGCCGCAACACGAUGAGAAUCCAAAUCCUGCUCCUGACACUCUUGCUGGGCCUCGUCUGCGCCCAGGCUGUGAGUGCGGAGGCCAAGAGCGACAGCAGCGGAAGUCAGGCGGCGGCGGAGGACAGCAAGAGUUCCGCCUCCACGCCACUCGAGACGGAGGCGACCAAGGACAAGCGACAGGUGAGCGCCAAGGAGACGCCCCUCUAUCCGAACCACCGCAGCUCGGAGGCAGCUCCCUCUGCCGGUGAUGAUCCCGAGGAUGGGCAGGAGACAAUCUACGGUUCCAAGCCCAACCAGUUCAUCAUUCGCCCCAUUGCCCCGCACCAGCACCAGCAGCACGAGUCGCAUCAGGAGCCGCAGCUGCGCAACUUUGCGGCGGCCAACUCUCGGCCACACGCUGCCCAGCUGCUCGAGCAGAGCCAGGAGGUGCAGCACUAUGUUUAUCUGCAAGAUAUCAUGCGCCAUCACCAGCCCAAGGCCCUUGUGGCCUCAGGUCAAGGCAAGGGUGCGGCCAGUGCGCCCAAAAAGUCGUCCACUCCCGUAGCCGAAGAGGAGCAGGAACAAGAGCAGGAGGCCGAGCAACGCUACACGGUGUCCAUUCAACCUCAGCCUCAGCAUCACCAGCCUCGCCCACGUCAGUAUCAGGGAGUGGGAGGUCCAUACCAGUUGCCAUUGCCGUUGCCAGCUCCCCAGCAUCAGUCUUUGAGUCCCCAGCAGCAGCAGCAGCAGCAGCAAUCACAGCAGCCCUAUCAGGUCAUUCCCGAAGAGCAGUUCCUGAAACUUCUGGAGGAGGAGCUGCAGGCAAGAGCCUACCAUGAACAGCUGCGACAGCAGCAACAGCAUCACCAGCAGCAGCAGCACGUGCAGCCUCAACCUCAACCCAAGCCUCUGCCCAUUCACAGCACAGCUGCCACUCACAAGGUCCUGCAGCAGGCGGAUCCUGCCCUGGGAUUGGGUGGCUAUCGGGAGCGAUUGGUGGCUGAGCAAGAGCUGGUCUCGCCCGCGUACUCUCAUCCCAGAGGAGGACCCAAGUACCUGCCGCUGCCUCAGGCUCAGCAGAUUCAGGAGGACGAUGAACCACAACAGCAGCCACAGCGCGUGCAACUCCAUAAGCCAGUACCGCAUCCGGGACAGCAGCAGUUCCACGGCCUGCCGCCACAGAUUGCCUACUACCAGCCACAGAUCAGCUACAAGACCCUGCCCAAUCAUCCGCUGGCCAAGUCCUCGCUGGAGAGCGAGAUCGAGAAACUGCUGGCCGCCAAUAAGCCGGGACCGGGUCUGGCCUACGUGGACAGCAGCAAUGAGCAGGUGUCCAUUCGCCAGCCUCCGCCUCAACAUCCACCACCGCCCACCUCGCAUCCGGCUUUGAGGCAGCCCAAGGCCUACCUAGCCAGCACUCCCAACUCCCUGCUGGACGCGAAUAACCAACCAUUCGUGCCUUCCCUUUUCAAGUUUAGCAGCUUCCAGCAGCCGACUCCCAUUUAUCCCACGCCCGAGCCCAAGAGAUUGGGACCUGUUGUCUAUCCCACUCAGCAUCAGGCCAAUCAGCCGCAGCCAUCGCAGUAUUACUACCAGGAGGCAGCGCCCACGGCAGCUCCCAAGCCGAGUCCCAUUCCCAAGCAGUAUCACAGGUCCAAGCACUACAAGUUACCUUCGCCCACGAAGGCUCUGCUGUAUGCCGAUUAUGAGCGUCAGGGACCGUCUCCGCCGCCGCCAUCCAACUUCUAUCCCAGUCCCCCGGAUCCGUUGAAGCAUGCCCAGAGAAAUCUGGCGGUCACACCCACUGCUCUACCACUCCACGCCGAAUAUCCAUCCCCGUCGCCCUCACAAUCUAGUAUAUAUGUGUCCCAGGGAACGGGUAUUGCCACGCCGUCCAGAGCCACGCCAACUACGGCUCCGGUACAGAAGCUGCGUACCCUGGAUGAGGUCAAGCAGCUAAAUCUGCCGCCUCCCAACGGUAAGCCCCUAACCCAGGCCGAGUUCCAGGCUCUUGUGGAUGCUGGUUAUCCGGUAAAGGCUGUGCCUGUGCCCGUGCCCGUCCCAUAUGAGCAGUACGUGAAGGAUCAUCCGGAGUAUCGCAACCAUCCGCCAGUUGACUAUGCCCACAUUAUGCGCUUGGCCACACGCCAAUUGUCCGCCCAUCAGCAGCACAGAUCGCUGGCCGCUCCUUCGGAGCCGUCGGUCAAGAUUCUGUCCACUCCCUCCGCCGGCGAACUGCAGCAGCAGCAGACGGCCACGGGCAUUGGCGGCGGCAGUGUCACAUAUUUGCAGCCCAUCGAGGGUCAGUCGCAUCCCCAUGCCCACGCCCAUAUCCAUACGUUGCAGAAGCGAAGACCACGGGAUGAGCAGGACACCGCAGUGGCGGGCAGCGAGCCCAAGGCGGCGGCUCCCGAGGCCAGCGAGCAGUCCGCGAAGGAGAAGGUGCAGUGA